AAAGCCGAACAUGCCAUCGCAUUUGAGCAUGAGUUCGAAAGCCAGAAGCAGGCUCUGCAAAAACAGCUGCAAAGUGAAAUUGAACAUUCUGCACAGCUGAAGGCCCAGAUCCUUGAUUACAGUAACUCCGUAAAGAGGUUAACUCUACAGGUUGCCGAUUUGAAAUUGCAACUGAAACAAACCCAGACAGCACUCGAGGAUGAAGUGCACCACAAUGCGAAGCAGUCUCUGAUCGAUUGUUCCAUCAGUGGCCUACUGAGUGGCAAGAUGGUGGUGCCUCGUAAUGGGGAUAUAAGCAGGGAUUUCUUGAAAAAUCCUCUCGACCAGGAAGGGCUGAUGGCGGUUAUACCAAGGAUCAUAAAUUAUCCAAAUGCGAGCACGGAGAGUAGUUCCCCUGAUUCUGACCUUGAAUUUGUAGCCAAUACCAAGGCAAGGGUGAAAGAGCUAGAGCAAGAGGCCGAACGUUUGGAGAAAGCUUUCCGAAAUUACCAUCGAAGACUUAGUCAGCUCCCCGCUAAAAGCCCUUUAGCAGCCAACAGCCUGCCACCCCUCUACUUGCUAGGGACACUCAAAAGCAUCACUUCGAGUUCACCCCAAAGACGCACUUGUGCCGAGGGCAGAGUUGUCUCUGAGCAGCCUCUGGUGGGCACCCCCGAGGAGGACAAGAGCAGCGCCUCGCGGCCACGCAGGAGCACCGCCUCCAGAUGCCUCUCCUCCCCUCCCAUUCCCAAAGCAAAAAGGAGCCUCGACGGUGAAAUGUAUCUGGAAGGUCUGGACCGAUCCCACGCUGCUGGCCCCAGUCCUUGUCCCGACAGAACACCCCGGCCCUCACCUGCUGAGUCCAGGCACAGCCCUUCCCUCCACCCGCUGCCCAGCUCUCCAGAGCAGGCCAGUCUUUAUCAAAGACAAAUGGAACUUCAGGAAAAAAGUGAAUUUUCAAAUCCAGGCAAGCUACCUUUUAAGGACAAUGAGGAAUUUGAAUCAUCUUUUGAAUUUGCAGGGAGCGCAGCGAGGCCGUUUGAAGCGGACGGCCUCCAUCCUGCCGGCGACAUGCCUCAUGUGGAUGCUGCUGCGGCUGCCAGACCUAUGUCCUGUCACUACCCGA